AUGCCCAAGAACGCCGACAUCUGCUGUGCGUUCUUUGCUGCCCUGUCUGACCACUACUUCAAGUACAACUACUGCAGCAAACUACGUCGCCAGCUCUCUUCAAGCGGCUACGGCAACCUAGUGGGGCAUUUAAGAGACAAGCACCCCAACUACGAAGCUGACUACCUCACGCCAGCUUCUUGGCUUGCAACCUGCACACGUUUGGCUUCGUGAGCGACAAGGUCGCAAAUAUCUACACUGGAUGGAGUGGGUGGUCGACCGAAACACGCCUCUAUCUAAGGUGGACCACCCAACCACUCGCUCUAUGUCCUGUCGCAAGCCCAUCUGCUCAAAAACGCUCAUGCGAUGCAUGGUAGAAACUCCCCAGGAGGUCGAGAAGGAGGUUACUAAAGCAAUGCCACCCACCUUUAGUGUCAUGUACGACGGGUAGACAUGCUUUUCGGAGC